GAAAGCAUUCGGACGAAACCCCGAACAGCUCAUGUCAACAACGAUGGCUGGUUCAAUGUACACAGGCGGCGAAAAUCUCACUUUGACCAAAGUCCUGAGUGAGAAAUAUAAGGAGAGAUCCUUCAAAAGGACUAUUCGACACGGCCUUCUUGAUGUUGUUGAUGACAUAAUAAUAGCCUGGAGUAAAGAAGACGGCUGUUUGCUAACUCAAGUGACCAAUCCUCCAGACUCCAAAGUUCAGAUUUUAGCAGUAUCCAAGCCACCAGUAUGGGAUGUGGAACGUAUCAAAAUGAAUCGCAGUGGGAGCUGUGUUGCUCUUAUAGGCAGAAGAGGUGUGGCUGUGGUAGAGCUACCUCAGCGGAGUGGCGAUCCUGCACUAUAUGACAAAGGGAAAGAUACUGUUACUUGCAGGGUUGAGUACAUAGCAGAACGAUUUUUUUCAUGUCACCCUAAAUUAGAGGUGAUGACAGCUGCUUGGCACCCAGGAUCUAUUGAUGAUAAUCACAUAGUGAUUUUAGCUUCUGACAAUUACCUACGCAUCUACAAUCUGUCAAGCCAUGAGAUACCAGAACAAGCAAUAUCUGUGGGUUCAAGUGGUUCUGGAGUUGUAAAUGCAUCAACACUUGGAGAAAAUGCAAUUGCAUUUAACUUUGGUCUUCCCAGCGAACCUGUAAAACAUGUUCCAGGAAAUGCGGUCUCAAAUGGUGUAACAAGUCCUAUUAUUGAUCCAGAAGAUGAGAUGAAGCAAAAAUGCCUUGAAUUGAAAUGGCCUAUUUUCAUCCUGCAUGGUAAUGGUGAGAUAUAUCUUACUAUUACAACAUUCAGUACCAGAAGAUCUGCUCCACACGUAGUUUAUGGACCGCUCAGUAUGACACCUGCUUGCGACACAAAUUAUGGAGUUGACACAUGUGACCUUCUAGUGUUGCAGUCAUCUCCACCUGUUGUUGUCAUUGCCACAUCAACAGGGCAAUUGCAUCAUUGCAUUGUUAUUGAUAAUAAACUUGAAAAGAACUGUAAUGAAACACUUGCAAAUGGAUUCUGGACCAAUGAAAUGGCACCUGUAAGGUUGCAUGUUUAUGAAACAGUAGAGCUUGAGAUGUCACUUCUGUCUACAGAUGAGGGAUUCUCAACGCCUCUCCUGUUGCAUGCAGAUCCUACCACACCCACAAGAUAUUGGGUGAGUCAUGAAGCUGGAGUACAUGGUGUGAUUUUCUCGGUUGUAGAUUAUCUGCAGUACAAUGACCAACCAGAUGAUGCAGCAUUUUCUGACAGUGAGUCGCAGAGUGUUGUGGAUCAUGUCAUCUGCACGAGAUCCCUUGCCCCUGCUGCUCCCAUGCCAGUUGUAGGCUUAGUGGCUAACACUACACAUUCUCUAUAUGUGCUUCUAGCAUCUGGGAAACUCAUUCAAAUAAGUGUUCCAUCUGCCUUUGUUCCAAAUAUAACAGAGCCAUGUAAUGGUGAUGUGGACCUGUCGGUAUCACCUCUGAGGAAGAUUCAUGUGCAACCAUUUGAAGACCAUAUUCGUAGUACUUUGCACAGAGUAUCUUCACAGCCACUUUUGACAUCAGGAUCUGUGUCAAAGGUCACUCCAAAUGAAUAUAUGAAUCUUCUCAACCGGGUGAUAGAAACCUUAAGAACCAAUUACCUUCAGCCACAACUGACAGCUAAAGAAGACAUACAAAGAAGAUCUGACAUUCUAAGUGAACAAAAGCAACGACUUCAAUCUGAGAUUUCAAACCUACUGUCAAGGAAAAGACAGCUAACUGAAAAAGCUCAUGAAUUGGCCGAGAAGUAUGAAGAGGCAAAUGACAGACAGACCCAAUUGGUUCAGAGGCUAGAGAAAGUGCUGAAUCAAGUAAGUCGAGGGCUGCCUGUGUUAUCAGCUGGAGAGAAGAAUAUGCUGCAGGAGCUGGAGGCUAUGCAGAAGCACACCAUUAUUUUUACUAACCAGCUGAGUGAAAUACAAGCCAAGGAUAAAUGGCAGACAAGUCAGAUGGAGAAACUACAGAGUACUGAGGCUGUUAAAGCCCAUGCAUCUCCCACUGUUUCAGAAAGUCAGUUGAAAGCUCUGAAACAGGCUCUCAGCAAAGAGAGUGAGAAACUGUCUACUUUGCUGCAGAGAGUCAAUCAAGUGAAGCGUGAUUUACAGUUAUGAUAAGACAAAUUUAUUAGUUAUUUUUAUCAAAUGUGUAAAGUUCAAAAUUAUUAUAACCCUUAAGAGCUUUGUGUAAAUAAUUUCCAAGAUUAUAGCUCCAGUGUCGACAGUUAAGCAUCAGUGUCAAGACCUUUGUAAAAGUUUAUAUAUAUCACUAUAUUGUGUUUGGGCUUUGCUGCUGAGUCAGUCUUUCCCAGAAAAGGAAUGUGAGUGUUUUAUAUUACAGGAAAUGCUUGUGUUUUCCUUUGUUGAAAUGGUUUUACAUAGUUUUCCUGUGUGUGAAAUGUAAGCAUCACACUGUUCUUUGAUUUACAUUAAACUCUUUUUUUAUAUCAUGUUGUUU